UGUUUGCUUUCAGUAAAGAAGAGCAUGUUCCCAAAUUUCUCCAACUUGGGUCAUCCACCCUUCCCUCCAAAAGAUCAGCAACACAGUGCCUUCUUCAAUAAGCUUCCUCUGAACAUACCAUCUACUCUUCUCUCUCACCAGCAAAUUACUGAUGCUCAGUUUAACUUCCAGAAUGCAGCGACUCUGAGUGGGAACCUUGCAACUCUUCCAACUGUUACAUCUCAGCCACUGAUUUAUGGAAAUGUUAGUUCAGUACAUACAUCUGCUGCCCCAACGUCAUUCCGAAGAAGAAAGAGACUAAGUCAGCAGAAUCUUCCAUACGACGUUAAACGGCUGCGGUUUUAUUCACCUCAUUGCGAAACAACUGUAGCUAACCGAACAGUGCCUUUAGUAGAAGAACGUAGAUACUCCUUCCCAGGAUCCACUCCAUCUCAACUGUUCCAUGCGCGUUAUGCUCCCAGUUUAACUGAACAUGCCCCUCUGCUGCCAGACACUUCGUUUUCAGACCCUGUAGAGAUCACGCUCCCUGUGGCCAAAGAUAAGUUAAGUCAGCAGGUUUUGGAGUUGUUCCAAGCAUGUCAGCAACAGACCUGUGACUUGAACAGAAAAGAACUCUGCAGAACAGAACUCCAGAGGGAAAUUCAGCGAAUUUUUCCACAGAGCAGACUCGUUUUGGUUGGAUCCUCACUGAAUGGCUUUGGCACUCGUAGCAGUGAUGGUGAUCUAUGCCUGUUAGUUAAAGAACCAGUAAGUAACUUAAAUAUAUUUGAAUUUAUCCUGUCUUUAAUUGAAAGAAACUUUAAGCCUAAACUGUCAAGCUACAUUGAGCGUCCUCAGCUGAUUCGAGCAAAAGUGCCAAUAGUGAAGUUCAGGGAUAAAGUCAGCUGUGUGGACUUUGACUUGAAUGUAAAUAAUAUUGUAGGAAUAAGAAAUACAUUCCUUCUGAGAAGCUAUGCAUACAUUGAGAAUCGAGUUCGUCCAUUAGUACUGGUUGUGAAGAAGUGGGCAAGUUUCCAUGAUAUAAAUGAUGCCAGUCGUGGUACUUUGAGCAGCUACAGUCUUGUGUUGAUGGUUUUGCACUAUUUACAGACCCUACCUGAACCCAUCCUUCCAUCCCUCCAAAAAAAUUACCCAGACUCUUUUGAUCCUACUAUGCAGUUACACCUUGUUCAUAAAGUCCCACGCACCAUUCCUCCUUACCUCUCAAAAAAUGGAUCAAGUCUUGGAGAUUUGCUAAUAGGCUUCUUCAAAUAUUACGCCACAGAAUUUGACUGGAGCCAUCAAAUGAUUUCAGUUCGUGAGGCCAAAGCUAUUCCCAGACCUGAUGGUAUUGAAUGGAGAAACAAGUAUAUUUGUGUGGAAGAGCCUUUUGAUGGGACAAACACCGCUAGAGCUGUACAUGAAAAGCAGAAGUUUGACAUUAUCAAAGAUGAAUUUAUGAAGUCUUGGCAGAUAUUACAAGACAAGAAAGACUUGAACUAUAUAUUACCUUUAAGAACAGCCAUACAGAAAAGAAAACCAAAU